CAGGUGUCAAGACUUCUCGGUCUGCGGUACGACCGAAAUCGCCUGCACGCGCGCGCUUUGCUUUUCAGUGUCACUCAGUGAACAACUACACUCAGCGUUACCUGCCCUGGCUACCCGUACAAGUCAAGAUUACUUCACCCUUUUGUGGAUAUUCGGAUUUGCUUGGUUCCAGCUCUCACCCACCUUUGCCCACAUCAGGAAUAUGGACAGUCUCAGCUCUUCCUUCACGGUGGAGGUCAACGGAGUGUCCAUUGCCAAGGUUGAAGACAACGGUGAAGACCAAAUUCAAGCAAAGACCGGACCCGAAGCGGCUGUUUUCGAGCUCAAAGAUGGCCGCCUCCAAUGUGGCGAUUGGGUUCUUGGGCGGUCGUUGGUCGAGGAUCGGAGCAUGCUUCCAAAGAAAGUCUCAUGGUUCAAAGCGGGCGCGGAUAAUGAAAAGCGGAUCCAGCGUGUUACUGCCCACCAGGACGGGGAUGCAUACCAGCUCAAGUUUGCCAAUGCCUGUCUGAUAUCGGAAGACGGUCAAGUCUUUGCGGAUCUUCUAGGAGGCGAGCAAUCAAACGUGGCAGUGAAGAUGCAGCAAGAAUAGAGUUAUGCAGUAUUAUGAACCAUGCGCGGGAUCGCGAGAUCCACACAUCGUAACAGAGUGCUCAUUUGAUCUUCACCACCCCGCUAUGUAUGUAGAAUGAGAAGUAUCGUGUAUCUUCCAGCUCGUGAAAU